UGAUUAACCCUUCCUUUUCCUAAUCUGCCUCUUUGCCUUUUUUUCAUAAUUCCUUCAUCAUCCAUCUUCAUACGGGUUUUUUCCCUACCCAUUUUUUCCUUUAUGGACUCUACUAUUCUAAUCAAAAUGUAUCUACCUCACCAAAAUUUCUCAAUUCUAUUAUUUUUUCUUAUUUUAAAAAGAAAAAAAAAAAGAGCGUUUUCUUUCUCGUUUCCUUUUAUCCCGGGUACUAGCGUGCUGCUGAAUGAGAAAAAUGUUGUCCAAUUAACUAAUUUUGUUUGUUUUAAUAUUUCUUUUUAAUUUUAAUUGUACUUUCCAUUUCCGAAACUGUUAUUAUGUUGGGAGGGUUUUUUGAGCGAGUGAGUGAGUGGAUUCCAUCCAUGGCUGCAGUUGCUGAGGUUCCCACUGACAUUGCAGCUCCAAAUCGAUUGGACUCAAAGCCAAAACCAAAGGCAGAAUCUGAUGAGUUCAAUGUGCAAACGCUUGUUGACAUCUUCAAAAAACUGAACCCUUUGGCCAAGGAGUUCUUCCCUUCAUCUUAUUCUCACCAGGGUCACUAUCACUCCUCGCCCAAUCCGUCUCUCCCCAAUAAUUUUGAUGCUGAUAGUAACAAAAGGAACCGAAGGAGGCGAGCAAAUUUUAACCAGGGAGGUAGAAGGUUGAAUGGAAGAGUGAAGGCUCAGAGAGAGGAUAGUGUUAAAAGAACAGUAUAUGUUUCUGAUAUUGAUCAGCAGGUUACCGAGGAGCGCCUUGCUGCCAUAUUCAGCACUUGCGGGCAGGUAAUUGACUGCCGAAUUUGUGGUGAUCCUCAUUCAGUUCUUCGUUUUGCAUUUGUGGAGUUCACAGAUGAAGAAGGUGCAAGGGCAGCUUUAAGACUUGGUGGAACUGUGCUUGGAUAUUAUCCUCUCAAGGUCCUUCCAUCAAAAACUGCUAUCCUUCCAGUGAAUCCUACAUUUCUUCCAAGGUCAGCUGAUGAGCGGGAAAUGUGUACCCGAACCGUCUACUGUACAAAUAUUGAUAAAAAGGUUUCUCAAACUGAAGUCAAGAGUUUUUUUGAAUCAUCUUGUGGUGAGGUCACUCGGCUGAGGCUGUUAGGAGAUCGCGCGCAUUCAACUCGUAUUGCUUUUGUUGAAUUUGCAAUGGCUGAAAGUGCCAUCGUAGCAUUAAGUUGUAGCGGGAUGCCCUUGGGAACCCAACCUGUCAGGGUGAGUCCUUCUAAAACGCCCGUGAGGACAAGGGUUGCUCGUCCAGCACCUCAGUAACUGAUCAACAUGGUGUCGUCGUCCAAGACACACUUCAACUCAGUGAACUUUUUACAGUUGGGACUUCAGUGGAAGGGUGGUUAAACUUCCCUUUAUUUUUGUAACUUUUGUUUUUGUCUUUUGCAGCGAAACUUUUUGUUACUUGAGCACAUCUGCACAUGAUGUUUGCUCUAAGUUAAACUUUCUUAAGAACCCUCAUCUUGUAGGAAACAUUCCCGUGAUCACUCUAGUUUCGGCUAUUUUAUGGUUA